GAUAUUUAACAACAUCAUCAGAUGAAGGACCCCCACAGAGGAGGCGCUUUGCAGCAUCUGCUGCAGCUGGUUCUAUCAAUGACGACAUAGAUGAAAUAACAAGAACCUUGGAGGAUGAAGCUACAACUUUUAAUAUAGAAACACACGUUCAACCUACAUUAAAUAUACAAUCAUUUACAAACACUAAUACUGGACAUAAUACACAAACACGUACUGGACAUAAUACACAUACACGCCUAACAUACAGAUGCACACACACACCUCACCCAUGCAAACAUACACAAAUACAUUACCAACACAAACACAUUUUAUAUUGAAUAAAGAAGACGGACAAAUCCUGUAUACUAAUAACAGUUUGUCUCAUGUGCGAACUUCACAGCCAGUGCAGCAGGAGAAAGGCUUCCAAUAUGGUCAAGGCAGUGCAAUUUUCCCUCUGCAGGAUGACAAUCUAGAAAAAAGGAGAAGUGAAGCACUCUUGACCAGAAUGGAGGAACGCAUAAUUAACAUAGAGGUUGAAAUUAAAAAAUUGAGUGCAGGUAUAAAUAAAAUAUUAAAGUGCAUCCAGGAUCGCCAAUCCGCGUUGAGAAAACUAGAAGGCUUACCUAUUACAACUAUUCAACAAAUGAAGGAGUUAGAACAAUCAACAGAAGAAUAUUAUACCGAUGUUGUCAAUUACUUUCAUUAUAUUGGCGGCUUCACUUUGAAAGAAGCAACCAAUCUUUACCUCAGAGAGGGUUUGCACGACGCACUGGCGCCGUCAUAUACUUGGUUCGGCCGCGACGAAGGACGUCAAUCAUUAUAUCAGGUGUAG